GAAAAAAGAGACCUUGCUAUUUGUGCUUAUUUUAAGCUUGAUUGAAGUCUUUAGUGGUAGGUUGGAUUUGUAUAAGAGGGGAGCGAUACCCAUGCAUCGAACCGUCAUACUCACCAUCAUUAACACCUACACCAGUAAGCCUGACCUACACAGUCUCAUAGCCUUACCAAAAGACAACCACCAAUGAUCGGCUUCCAUCUUAGCUACCAGUGGCUUCACUACACUCGACCUUCAGGACCUCCAUCUCCAGUCCCCGAAGGUCUGGAGCGUCAUUGGGUAAACACACCCCAAGGCCGAAUCGAAGUCCUCUCCAGCACCUCAUCCAUCACCAACAAAUUUAAUGGCCCUCCUAUAGUCUUUUGCCACGGCGGCAUGGGCUGUGCAUGGGUAUGGACAGAAUAUAUGAAAUAUCUAGCAGCACGCGGUGUUCAAUGCUAUGCCGUUUCACUGCGCGGCCAUGGUGAAUCGUGGCAUCCAUCCUAUUUCCGCAUGGUCUUUGCAACGCCUCGAAGUGCUUUGGCUUCUGACCUCGUUGCGGCUAUAGAGUGGGCGCAGAUUAGGGAAAAGAGCGAGGUUAUGCUUGUCGGACAUUCCAGUGGUGGUGGUUUGAGCCAGGCUGUUCUCAGCGAUGGAUUAGCGAGUGUGAAAGCACUUGCUUUGCUGGGUGCAGUUCCAGGAUUUGGAUCAGUGGGCGUGUAUAUGAACUGGUGGAAGAUGGAUCCAUGGUUCACAAUACGACUGAUCUUCCAUCUCUGGCACUCCAACUCACCUCUGUCCCACCCCAAGCUCACCCAAAGAGCUUUCUUUGGAGACAGGUUCCCUCUCUCAGCCGUCGUCCCGUUCCAACGCCAUAUGAACCGCUAUGAGAGUUACUUGUGGCCUUUCGGCAUGAUGUACAGCUUCACGUCGCCGUCAAACAUCUUGAGUCAUAUUCGCAAUGACGGUGCGAGCGGUGAAAAGGUGCUCGUCAUGGCAGGUACUCAAGAUAAGCUCAUGACAGUUCCUGUGACGGAGAAGACGGCGACGUUUUACCGUGAGGCUGGAAACGACAAGCGAGAUGGUGUAAGACUACGAUUCGUUGAGGGAGCAGGGCAUCAUUUGCAGAAUGAUGUUCAAUGGGAAGAUGGCGCAGAGAAGUUGUUUGAGUUCUAUAAAGGCAUCGCUUAGAGGGGUAUCUCGGGACUGGCGGUGGGUGUUGACCAUAUUCGGUCGGUCAACUGUUUGUUAUUCUGCUACUUCAGAUCGGGACCCUUCCCGUAGAGCGCUCGCAACUCCAUCAUGAUAAUUCACACCAUUCGAUAUUCUAUUUCCCCGAAGCAGCGGAAACGCUUACCAUAUAAAAAUAGCCGUUCGAUAUAAUCGGUUCAAGAUCCCGAGAGAUGACCGAAUCAUCG